CUCCAAGCCACUCGGUCAGACGCCAUUUCCACGCUACCGGAUCACGAAACUGUCAUUGUGAUUAUUUUGUGUGUGAUAUUGAGCAUUUUACCAAAGUUCACUUGGAUUUUCUGUGUUUAAAGUAAGCAUUAAACUUUUAUCAACAUGGCCGAUGAGAAAAAGGGAGAAAGUGAACACAUCAACCUGAAAGUAUUAGGACAGGAUAACGCCAUUGUCCAGUUUAAAAUUAAGAAACACACACCUCUUAGAAAGCUCAUGAACGCCUAUUGUGAUAGAGCGGGUUUGUCAAUGCAAGUAGUGAGAUUCAGAUUUGACGGGCAGCCUAUAAACGAGAAUGACACACCCACAUCACUGGAGAUGGAGGAGGGUGACACUAUAGAAGUAUACCAGCAGCAAACGGGAGGAACCCUAGUGUAAAUAAUGUAUAAGGACUGUCCAUUCUCUGUGGGUAAUCGCCACGAUGUGCCCAACUCAAAACUUAUAAAUAAGUUAAUUUUAAUAACAUUUGUAAGAAAAAAGAAAUUUUAAGACAAGUCCCUUUUGGCUGUGUCUUAAAAUUUUUUAGCCCUGGUUUAAGGUAAAAUUUAAAACCAAAUGUUUCAUAGGUAACAACAGAAUUGUGAUACUUUUAGUUGACUUCUGACACCGCAUUUCACUAAACUGAAGUCAAGGGUUCUCUAACGUAACUGUAAUUUAUUGAACAUGGGUUUAAUCCAUUUGUCAGAUCUAUAACCUUAUGUACCUAUUGAAAUAAAGUAAAUGUAAUGAC